AUGGAGGAGGCCUGUGGAGGUGGUGGAAAUGAUCGUGUGCAGAACUUGCAGAGUGAGGUGGAGGGAGUCAAAAAUAUCAUGACUCAGGGAUGUAAUGUGGAGCGUAUCUUGGCCCGAGGAGAAAACCUGGACCAUCUCCGCAGCAAGACAGAGGAUCUGGAAGCCACAUCGGAGCACUUCAAGACCACAUCACAGAGGGUGGCUCAGAAGUUCUGGUGGAAGAACGUGAAGAUGAUUGUCCUCAUCUGCGUGAUUGUUUUUAUCAUCAUCCUUUUCAUUGUGCUUUUCACCAUCCAUGCUAUCCCCACAUAG